AUGUACGAAUUUGCUGAUAGCGUAAGCUUUGACGUUGUAAAUGAUCCUAAUCGUUAUGGUGGCAUGGUGGCUUACAGUAGAAGCAAAAUGGCACAGGUGAUGUACACCCGCUACCUUGCAAGGCUUUUGGAAGAAAAGCGUUUGCCGGUAACUGUUACUGUUUGCCAUCCAGGCAGCGUUGACACCAACAUCCUUAAAGAGUCUGGAUUUCAGUGGGUCAGGGUGGUUUUCAGGCCUCUGAUGUGGUUUUUGCUGAAAACGAAAGAUGAUGGAGCGCAAAUGCCUCUGUUUCUGGCACUCAGCGAGAAGCUGCAGAAAAGUAACGGGCAGUAUUACAGGUAA